UCUGGCCUCACCAGCACGCUGCCGGACACCGUCCUGUCCCACCUGUUCAGCCAGGUAAGGGCUGUGCGUCUUCAGAUCGGCAGCGUGGUGAACCAGUUCAACCUCCAGCUCUUCCUCAACAUGUACAAUGGCCGCAGGGACCUGGACAUCAACCGGCCUGGGACUGUGCCCAAUGCCAAGACGCUGCGCUGCCCUGUGAUGCUGGUGGUCGGAGACAAUGCACCUGCUGAAGAGGGGGUGGUGGAGUGCAACUCCAAGCUGGAUCCCACCAACACCACCUUCCUGAAGAUGGCUGACUCCGGUGGGCUGCCCCAGGUCACACAGCCCGGCAAGCUGACCGAAGCUUUCAAGUACUUCCUGCAAGGAAUGGGCUACAUCGCCCACCUGAAGGACCGGAGGCUGAGCGGAGGCACAGUGCCAUCUGCCAGCAUGACCCGCCUGGCACGCUCCCGCACGGCCUCCCUCACCAGCGCCAGCUCGGUGGAUGGCACACGCCCACGUGCCUGCACCCACUCGGAGAGCACCGAGGCCAUGGGGCAGAUCAACCACACCAUGGAGGUAUCGUGCUGA